AUGGACCGGGGCCGCGUGUCUUGUGCCGGGGCCGGUGGGGACAGACCUGCCCGCGGCAGAGCAGACAGCGGGGACCUGGCGGGAGCGGGGGUGCAGCUGCAGCCAGGCUGGGGGCUGCUGUCCGUGGCGGUGACCUGGCAGCGUGAGCGUGGCGCAGCCCAGGAAACACCACGGGAAACCCGCCAGAGCCGAACCCGGCAGGAGGCCGAGGCAGAGCCACGCUGCCUCCUCUCGUGGCUGAUCCCAUCCUGCAGGUGCCUGGCGCUGAUUUCCAGCCCUGCAGGCUGUGGGUCGGCCGUCCCGGGCCUUCAGGAAGGGCACCGGCCCCAUGAGCAGGGGUCACCCCCGUCCCCACCCGGGACUGCACACCGGUGCCACGGCCACCGGCAGCCAUCGCGCUGUGCCUGCGAGGGGUGGGCGGCCAUUUUGAACACGGGAGCACCGCUGAGGCGGCACCCCUGCGGGCGUCUGCACAGACAGACAAACCCCCAAACUCCCCUCAGGCUGUCGGCUUUUCUUCCCGGUGCCGGUCCAAAGUCGGACACGGUUAUUUGUGCCUCCCAUCUCUCCCCCACCGCAUGUCUCUUUGGUCCAUGGGAGGUGAUUUUUUCCCUCAGGUCCAGCUCUGCUGCCUCCUCUGCCUCAGUUUCCCUCCCUCCAGCCCUUCUCUGGCUCCCAGCUCUGCCCUGUGCAGAGGAGACUCGGGCUCCCGGUCCCGUCGCCAGCGUGCCCCCUCCACAGCUGAAAGGAAAGGCCAAGGAGAAAUAUUUGGAGCUUCCUCCACCACCAGAGCCAGGGACAGGGGGAGCACGGCGGGGGACAGAGACUUGGUUUCUGUCGUCUUUCCUGCAUGGAGGCUCCGCGCACGGAGAAGAGGGUGCCCGACCUCUCACCGCCCUGGCACUGCACCAGGGACCAGCCACACGGCCCAAGGCCGACCUGCAAGUGCUGCAGCCAUGGCCUUCCCUGCCCGUAGGCAGCACACAGCACCCGCCUGCGCCGAGCACACCGCUGCAGCCAGCGCCGCUCGCACGCGCCCGCGUCUCCCCUGACUCAUGCUCGUUUGGGCCGAAUCCUGGGGCUGACUGCACUCCCAACACAAAGGCACGUCCGCCCUGGCCAGCCCGCGCCAUUCACGCCUGAGAAAGCCCAUGCAAAUGGAUCUGGGAGAGAUCCUGGAAAUCUUCAUGCUCCCGUCACAGUGGUUCCCAGACGGUCGGGCGGGCAACCGCGGGUGUGAAGUGCAGCAGAACAGAUGGUAGCCUGAGCGGGGAGGUGAAGCAGGUGGUGUUUGGACGGCGGGCUGGAAGAGCUGGGCAUUGAGUCUGAAGAGGAGAAAACUGAGUGGGUAUUUGACCAGUCUGCAGAUCCCUGCAGGGCGAUGCAGAGAGGCUGGAGAUGGGCUGUUCUCCGUGGGCACAGGGGACCGGACGGGAGCAAUGGUCCCGAGCUGCAGCAGGGCAAGCGGAGACUGGAGCGGAGCAGGAACACUGUGACUCUGAGUGGGGCUGAGAGCGGGAACAGGCCUGGAGAGACGUGGGGAGGAUCCAUCCCUGGCAGGUCCCAGGAGCAGGUUGCACAGAUGUGGCUGGGGUGGUGUAGUGAGGGCUGGUCCCGCCUGGAGCUGGAGCUGAACUAGACCACCGUGUGAGGGCCCUUCCAGCCUGACUUCCAAUAGCCCUUCGAUCUUGAGCCCCUGGGCAGUCUCACAGACCCUGAUAACCAGCACAUGCAGACGAAGGGGCAGAGCGCCAGGAGGAGAUGGCGACCUAGUCCAGUCUGCGGCCCAGCAGGGCCGGGGAAGGCCACCUCGGCUUCCAGCAUGGAGGUCAGGGCUGCUGGCAGAGCUGUGACCUCUCGUUCAAGCGAGACGUGGGGUGCCACGGCGUGACAGGUUGUGGUUUGUGAGGCUUUCUGGAUUUCUUGCCUGGGCGUGGAAGCUGGAAGGGGAAGCCCCUGUGGCUAACAUGUCUGAGGGGAAAAUUCAGCCUUGCAGACCCCAACCACAGCGAGGCCUUCCCAUUACUAUAUGAAGGGGACAUCGAGACACUGCCCUGCCCCAGGGUGGAGAACAUCCAUCCGCAGCACCUAGCACCGGCCCCAGUGCCCAAGUCCAGCUCUGCCCACGAUGCUGCCUCGGCCGUGUCCUGCCCCGGGUCCGUCCUGGUUCCUGUGCCCUUCCCCGGCACAAACUCCCUGCCCUGCGGGGCUCCAGCCGUGCAGGGCUGCAGCAAGGGGGGAGCCUGGGCAUCGGGGCUGUCUGCCCCAUGGCCUGGGCUGCCCUCUCUCCCUUUCGCACGGCCUCUCCCCUCCAGGCUCAGCCUGCCCUUCCUGUCCUGGGACUGGGCACAGAAACCCCUGAUCUCCAUCCAGCCUGGGUCACUUGCAACCAAACCCCACAUCCCUUCCCCUGGCGACACAGGCUGAGCUGAGCAUUGCCUGCAGCUGCCCCAGCCCCCUGAAGGGAACCGCCACCCUGUGAGGUUAUAACACCUCCACUCUACUUGUGUCGCAGGCAGUGAGUGUGGAUAAGAUAUUAUCUUGGUGUUGUGGGGGAGUGCAGCUGGAUGUGUUGUGUGACUUGCUCAGAUCUCACUUGACGGAUGAAGCACUUUUUUCUUGGUGGUCACAAGCCUUUGGUUUCACUUGGUCAGAGGAUUUGCAGUGCUCAGUCCCUACAUUUUUGUGCACGAAGGAUACUCUCACCGAGCAGUUGGGAGGAGACGGCAGCUGGGUUCUCUGUGCACGAUGAAAGCAGCAGCAGAAGAGCCUGUGUAUGGGAACAUAAUCAUCUCAGAUGUUCCUCGCCAGUCUGGCGAGGAAACCUUCCUGAGCCCUCUCCAAAGAGAUCCCGUGUCCUCUACGCUCUCCUCCUGCUGCUGAGCCUCCUCCUCGUGGCUUCUCUUGGUGGAGUCACGGCCAUGUAUUUCCAGGAGCGGCAGGAGAAGCACCGAGUGGCCGAAGCGGUUCAGGGAAUCUGAGACUUCUGGAAGGAAAACAGCGUCGUGAACGUGUCUGUCCUGGAGCAGACAGGCCAGCAGCUGGUGGGUGAAAUUCAGCCAUUACGGGGCCUGUGGGAGGAGAUCGUCUCACCCUGCGCUGUGCUCCAGGAGCAAUACCUUUUCCAGGAGCAGCGGGAGAAGCGCCAAGUGGCUGAAGCGGUUCAGGGAAUCCAGGACUUCUGGAAGCAAAAUAGCACCUUGAACAAGCCCGACCUGGAUCAGACAGAUCAUCCACUCGUGGGCAAAAUUGAGCCCUUCCAGGUCCUUUGGGACGAGGUCAUCACCCCUUGUGCUGUGAUGAAGAACCAGUUCAGUAAGUACCAGAAGCAAAAGCUGCAGAGAUAGUUGAUGUUGGAAGGAACUAACAUACGGAGCGGAAGGAGUGUUCCCUUCCUGCUAAAGGCCGGGAUUGAGACACCAACAUCCGGCAUUUCCCAGGACAGUCGCACAUUGACGGGAUCAUUGAGCACAGCAGGAUUUUUUUUGUCCAGGAUAUGAAAGCGCUGCCCUCUGUGAUGGGGGAACAGCCAGCCCUACCUGAGCCUGGGGCAUGGGUGUGGGGUCACCAGCUGUGCUGAGAUGAUAUGGAGGGGACGGAGGAAGCCAUGGGAAGAGUUGGCCCCACCCAAGGUUUAUCUGCACCUCAGAAUUCAUCCUGAAUAAGUCACUGGGUGACUUUUAAGUGGAUUGCCUCUUCCCCAUUCAUUCAAGGGUCAGAUAUUAGGUUCCUGGGGAAAGAAUGUGUAUAUACAGAGCUAAUCAGGGAGCUAAUAAUGAGAAACAGCUCAUCAGGAAUGACUCCACGUGGACAGGCGCUAUUCUUAGUGGAAGGCACAUGAUUGACAUUUGAUUUCAACCCCCACAUGAGUGGCCUUAGAUAUGAGCAGAUCCAGGAUUUUGAAAAGGGGGUGCGGGCGGUGUGGUGCAGCAUCACAUAUAACAACAUCUUCCUUUCCCAUUAAAAGGAAACUAGAAGCCUUGCUACAAAGCUAGGGGCCUAGGGCUAAAUUAUAUAGUUUAAGACUGAAGCAAAAAUAUAUAUAUAUUUGACAUUAUUGGAAUACACAUUACUUUGCUAAAUGAGAUAUAGAAACACAUAACAAAUGAGGCAAAAAUACUCAAAAGUUGUUGUUUCAUUACUUCUGUCAUCAUGAGAAUUAAAUGUGCAUCUCUCAGAUCCAUAAAACUAAAUCUCAGCUUCUUCAGCAUCUUCAGAGCACAUCCAAUGUGUCCCCCAAAGUUCCUGCCAUGCCUGAAUUCAUGUUUCUAGCUGGAGGUAGAAACAGGCUGCAGGGCUGUGAGGUAGGAGCAACCUGAGCAGCAACAGUCAGCCAGCAGCAGAAUUGUCGGAAAAAAGCUAGCUGGAUCAGUACAUCUGUUGGCUACAAAUGUCCAACUCGGGAUCCUUAAAAUUCUAGUUUAUUAGGCGGAUUGAAACACUGUAAUCAUAAACCUUGGGGUGGUCCCCACACACACACACACAUGCACACAUGCACACACACAGUAGCAAGCUACAGAGUCAGGUAUACCUAUCCUACAAGCUUCUUUCAGCGUGGUGUUAUCCUCCAGAAGGGGGUCGCCGGCUGGUCCUUCUGGCUGGACAGGUCUGGUUGAGUUGGAGAUCAAGAGGGCACCACUGAGGGUCACUUUUCACUGCCUUUUAUCUGUCCCUGGCAGACUUUGGUGACUCCUCAGUUUUCAGGUUUGCCCAAUCCAGGGGUCAUUGACCCUCAUGGGACUUCCCCCCCCCUCCCCCCAGUAGCUACUGGACAGCAUCUGUCAGCCCCAGGGGUCGUCCGCAUGUACGUGCAGGUUUGGGAGUCCGUUGAUGAAUUUAGAAUAGGGCUCUGGGAGCGGUUGAUCUGGAUAUAUUCAGCCCAAAAGUUGGUCCCCGGCAUUGAUUAACUCAGGCCAGGACUUCUAGCCCUUGAUCAGUGAGGUUUAGAGAUUUCCCGGUUGUUACAUUGUCUUCUAUUGAAUUCUUCUGCUGGAUGAUCUGCAGCUUCCGGUGAUAAUUGCUGUCUGCUGCUACUGUGUUACACAUUCAAUCACUGAUUCACUCACUCUUUCAGGGGCCAGCCUGAUACAAGGAAGGGCAAUUUGAUUCCUGUCCUUGUUAACAUUGUUACAAUGUAUAACUUACUUAUGAAACUAAACACAUUUAGUUGAAAGGUGAGGAGUAUAAAAUAUAAGCUACAAAAGUAAUGCCAUGGCACACAAAUAGAUAAAAAUACCAAAAUACAAGGGGAGAUACAAAAUACACACAUGCAAAUUUUAAAACACAAUUCCUUAUCUUAAAGUGAAAGAGAGAGGAAGGAAGAAAAGGUAGAAAAAGAGAACAUAUCCAAAGAGGGGAGAGCAAAUGCAGGCAAGAGGAAAAGGGGGCUUUCUGCUACACAUCAAGACCAUUAAAAAAAGGAAGGAGAGAGGGUCAUUAACACUUAUGGAACGAGGAGUUUAGAAGAAAACAAGUAGAUUAUGAUGAGCCAUGAAGUGAAGUGACUCCCCCAGCACUGCCUGGAUACAAAUGCCACUGCCACUCCUAGGCACUUGGCUUAAAGUUUGGGUGGAGGAGGAAUCAAAGGCAGAUGUGACUGCACUGCUCCCCCGCCCCCUGACCCCAGGCCCCAGGCUUUUGCUAGAUGCUCAGGAGCAGAUAGUGAAAACCCAGACUUAUCAUAAGAACAUAAGAACUGCCAUGUCCUGGGUCAGACCCUAGGCCCCCUUGCCCAGUCUCCUGUGUUGCACAGCAGCAGAAAGCAGACGCUGGAAGGGAGAGUGAACAGGACCUGAGGGUUUAUUUUGCCACUGUUCCUGUCUCACUUUCAGCCUCCAGCAUUUGAAGGUCUAUCCCAGACCUUGUCCCCUUGUUUCAUAGUUUCAUAGCUGGUCAGGUUGGAAGGGACCUGAGCAGAUCAUCAAGUCUGACCCCCUGCCAUGGCAGGAAAGAGUACUGGUACGACCCCAGCAAGGUGUUCAUCCAACCUCCUCUUAAAGACCCCCAGGGCAGGAGCCAGCACCACUUCUCUUGGAGGUUGGUUCCAGAUCCUGGCCACCCUGACCAUGAAGUAGCACCUCCUAUGAUUAGAUCCAUGCAAGGCCUCAACCAGGGAUGACACCUUGAGGCCCAUCAGAAGCUGGAGCCAGCACUGUGACACUGUGGGCACUGCACAUGCACACGCUGGGUCUGCAGUCACCAGCACCUGGUUUUAGGUGGAGCUGAGAGUGUCGGUGUUCACCACUCAGCCCUGGGUGUAGCACUGGACACCGUGCACCCCUGUCUGUGCACGUGGGGGUGCUGCGCCCUCACUUUGUGAUGCAAUCUCAUGCUUCUAUCUAAAAGAUUUGCUUCCAGGGAAUGUCGUGACCAAGCUUUCUCAAGGCUGGAGACAUCAUGGAGGGAACCUCUACUACUUCUCAGGGAAGAAAAGUUCCUGGGAGGAGGCCGAGUGCUUUUGCGUGUCCCAGAACUCGCACCUGAGCUCCGUCCUCUCCCAGGAAGAGCGGGAGGAUCUUGCCACACAAGUCAAAGGCGCAGAUCACUGGAUCAGGCUGAGUGACCGUGAGGCAGAAGGCUCCUGGCGCUGGGUGGACGGCUCCAAGUACACGGCGGGGUAACGGCACUGGGACACUCUGGCCUGGGUGGAGCCUCUUGGAAAUUUCUGCUGGCUUCAGAGCAUAAUCUUGGGCUGGAAGAGCCCUCAGGAGGCCUCUAGUUCAUGUCCCUGCUCCAGGCAGGCCUCCCAGUCUGCACCGUCCCACACAAGCGUCUGUCUGACCGACUUCCCCAGACAGAGAUUUCCCCCCUCUCCAGGGACCUGCUUUUGUGCUGAACACCCUCAGAGCUGGAAAGGUCUCCCUAAGCUCCCACCCAGUUCUGCCAGCCUUUCCUCGCAGGUCAGGUUUUCUAGACCUCUGAUCCCUUUGGUUGUUCUGCUGGUGUCCCUCCGUGGCGUCUUUGUGUUUCUUGAAGUGUUCCCCAUCGCAGGCUUCCAGGACCUCUGCGCUGCUCUAGAGACCAGUUUUGCAAAGAUGAAUGGGCUCCAGCGUGACAUGGUCCUAGCUCCUCACUCAGUAAUGGUUGGAGCUGGAGGACAGGGGAAAAGGGGUUGUGCACGUAACCCUUGAGGUGGUGGAGGUGUGGACAAGGAGAAGUGAGGCCCACGACUCCCCUGCCAAUGGGGAAAGGGAAAGGUCCUGGUAGGGGAGGUUUGUGCCCCUGCGGGAUGGGGGAAGGAGGAGAGGAGGAGCACACGGGGUGCGUCUGCAGCAUGGCAGCGCAGCACUCAGCCUUGCUGAUGAGGAAAUGAGCCCUGGCUACCCACUCCCGCCCCUUGGGCAUCCACACCACAAUGCAAAGGGGGCACCUGGGGCUUUCCAAGCCAGGCUCUGGGGUCCAGGUGUGAAGGAGAGUGCUAGGGUGACACCCCACCUGCAUUGUCUCCUGGCUGAUGUGGGUGGACAGAGCUUAUGGUACCGUCAUGCAGAGAAGCCCUAGUGACCGUGGUGAGGAGGAGGCAGCAGAGGAGGCUCUCAAAGCUGCAGGCACAGGGGAGCGGGGGCCGACAUAGGCUGCCCCUGACAUAGCUGGGGAAGAAGGGCACUGGGUGCCACAUCCUAUUCUACCUCUUGGGUGUGCAAGUGGGCUUGGGCACCCAGGCACCGUUUCCUUCCCCCAUUUUAAUCCCUGGAAAACUGUUAAUGUGAAAGUUGGGUGGGUCCUGUUACUCCUCACUGCUUUUUGGUGACUGAAGGAUGACAUGGUCUUACAUACUAGAUGCACUCAGGGGUUUUCAGGACAUGAACAAGGUGGCACAGAAGCACACCUAAAAUGGGAAACACAAGCUGACCCUAGGAGUCUGCAGCGGCCUUUGCCUAUAGAAGAACAGACGCCUGGUCAGGGGCGCCUACACUGGCCAGUAUUUUUUUUAAAGUAUUUUAUCUAACCAAGGGCAUAGAGUAGGUUGUUUAGGCUGGGGGAGAUCGCUUGUUGCCUAGUUACUUAAUUGCUGGCCUUGCUAGAAGGAAAGGACAUAUCAGCGAGGCCCCUGGUGGAGUUGGAAAGGGGGGUUACUUGGUGGGGUUGGAAGAGGGGGCUUGCUGCACAAUUUACCACAUCAGCAAGUUCAACCUGUCAUGUAGCUAUAUAAGGCUGAUGCCCACUUGGGUGGGUGUGCUUGCUUUGCAAACGAUUGCCAAGCUCUGCUUUCUGUGCAGAAAUAAAGAUUAAGUUGGAUCCUC